UUCAACCCUCUACCACGCAUGAGUUUCACCUCCAGCGUGGAGCAGACCUGCAAGCUGUUUAUUAUAGCCUACCUGCUGCUCAAGAAAGAUGAAGCGCGGAGCGUCACACUGUUUUCUUCACCUUCUGUGGCUCUUUUUUGUUCAAAUUGAUGCAUCCAGUGAUUUGCCCAUAUGCAAAGAGUCCGACUACCACUUUGAGUACACAGACUGUGAUGUGCUGGGGUCUCGAUGGAGGGUGGCGGUGCCCAACAAACCAGACACGUGCACAGGCCUCCCUGACCCUGUCAAGGGCACACAGUGUACGUUCUCCUGCAGCGAGGGGGAGUUCCUGGACAUGAGAAGCCAGGAGUGUCAGAAGUGUUCUGCUGGGACCUACUCUCUGGGGACGGGCGUGGCCUUCGAUGAGUGGGACAGCAUGCCGGCCGGCUUCAUCUCACACGGGAUGAACAUGAACAUAGCUGACAUCUACACCAACUGUUCAAACUCGACCUGGAUACCGAAAGGCGACUACAUUGCCUCUAACAUAGAUGAGUGCACCUCUACCUUGUCCUACGCUGUCAGCCUGAAGAAAGCAGGCACUGUGUCCUUUGAGUACUUCUACCCAGACAACACCAUCUUCUUUGAAUUCUAUGUUCAGAAUGACCAGUGUGAGUCCACAGACUCUGAGGGUCGCUGGAUGAGGACCUCAGAGAAAGACUGGACUCCCCACAAUUUGAAGCUGAAUCGAGGCAACAACGUGCUCUACUGGAGGACCACGUCUUUUGCACUGACGGGCAGUACUGUCAAACCUGUGCUGCUUCGCAACAUUGCCAUCUCAGGGGUUGCCUAUACGUCAGAGUGUUUCCGUUGUAAACCUGGGACCUACAGCACCAAGCCAGGCUCUGCUCACUGUACCCCCUGCCCUGCCGACUCCUACUCCAACAAGGGAGCCACGGUGUGCCAGCAGUGUGAAGAAGACAAAUAUGCAGAGGCCGGAUCAGGGAGCUGCAAGCAGAGGCCUGCAUGUACCACCAGUGACUACUUCUACACUCACACCCCAUGUGACUCCAAAGGACAGACCCAGCUGAUGUACAAGUGGAUCGAGCCAAAGAUCUGUAGUGAGACCGUUGAAGGGGCAGUGGAUAACAGUACUGAAGGAGCAGUGAAGCUACCAGCCUCUGGACAGAUGGAGACCUGCCCUCCCUGUAACCCUGGCUUCUCUGUCACCAACACCUCAGCCUGCGAACCCUGUCCUCACGGAUCCUACUCCAAUGGAACAGCCUGUGCAGAGUGUCCGGUAGGAACAGAGCCGGUGGUGGGCUUUGAGUACAAGUGGUGGAACAAGAUGCCCGACAACAUGAGGAGCUCUGUCUAUAGCCGGGAGUACAGCGACUCAGUCAGGAGCACGGGAUGGGAGGUGGCAGGAGAGUACAUCUACACCACCCCAGGGGAUCUGGACUCUGACUACAUGAUGCUCUCACUCACUGUCCCUGGAUACAGGUUGCCUCACUCGAUGGCUAAGGAUGAUGAGAGGAGUGAACUGUCCCGGAUCUCCUUUGUCUUUGAGACCCAGUGCACUGCUGAUUGUACCCUCUACUUUAUGACGGGUUACAAUGAGAGGACCAACGACAUGGUGGAGCACUGGAGGGGCACGACCAGGAAACAGUCCUACUCCUACCUAGUGAAGAGCAACAGCACCGUCAGCUUUACCUGGGGCUUCCAACGCACCCAGGCCUUCAGUGAGGUGAGGCAGUACAGCGGUGACUUUGCCAAGAUGUACUCUGUCCAAAUCACCAACGUGAUGGGAGGUGUGGCCUCUCAGUGUCGUCACUGUGCCUUGGGCUCCGGGUCGGCCUCAGAAUGCGUCCCCUGCCCUCCAGCCCACUAUAUGGUCAAGGGGACAGGCUUGUGUAAGAGCUGCCCUCCCAACACCUUCAUCAGGGCUGAUCAGACCGUAGGGGAGGCAGCCUGUAUCCACUGUGGACCCAAUACGCACAGCAACAAGGCCCACUCAGCCUGUGUUAGCGACUGUAGACUGGACCUGCAGUCCACCGUAGGAGGAGAGGUCCUCCAAUAUGACUUCACCCCCCUGGCUAACAUCACCAGCUUCCAGAGCAGCCCACGCUUCACCAGUAAAGGCCUCCGAUACUUCCACCAGUUCAGGGUCGGCCUCUGUGGAGAAGAGGGCAGAGAGGUGGCGGUGUGCGUUGACAACGUGACAGAGAGCAGGAAGGUCAGAGGUUACGCCUGCCAGUCCACCGUGGUGCCCUCUGAGGUCAGAGGUCAGAGUGUGGUGUCAUCACAACCCUUCACUAUCGGUGACACACUCAUUGGGGUUACCUCUGACACAUCUCUGGAUAGCAUUGCCUCUCUUGAAAGCUAUUUCACUACCAAGUCCAACCUGCCUGAUGUCAUAUUCUACUACAGGUCCAGUGAAACAACACAGGCAUGUAACAAGGGAAGGACAACUACCAUCAGACUGAGAUGUGAUCCUACAGUGACAGGCAAAGACCAGAUUACACUCCCAAGUAAAUGUUCAGAGGGGACAUGUGACGGCUGCUCCUUCCAUUUCCUAUGGCGGUCUCAGUAUGCCUGUCCACUCUGUACAGAGAGACACUACAGAGAGAUAGUCAGCGCCUGCAUACAGGGAAUACAGAGAACCACCUACGUGUGGCAGCAGCCCCUGCAGUGUACUGGUGGUGUGUCCCUGCCUGCCCAGACGGUCAGUGCCUGUGUGACCCUGGACUUCUGGCUGAAGGUUGGUGUGUCCACAGGGACGGUCGCUGCCAUACUGCUCAUCAGCAUCAGCUGCUACUUCUGGAAGAGAACUCGCAAGCUGGAAUAUAAGUACUCCAAGCUGAUGAUGACUGCUGGAGAUAAGGAGUGUGAGCUGCCUGCUGCAGACAGCUGUGCCAUCAUGGAGGGAGAAGAUGCAGAGGACGACCUCAUCUACCUCACCAAGAAAUCCUUCUUCACUAAGAUCAAGUCCUUCUCCAGAGAGAGAUCGUCAGAUGGAUUUGACUCUGUUCCCCUGAACUCAUCUCCAUCUCCAAACCUGAUAAGCCUCUGGUGGACCCCCCAGUUUGGAAACCCCUGAGCUAGAAGAGUACCCAAAACCUCCUUCAACCUCUGGAUGAAGGAACACAUAUGGGAUGUAUUAAUUAUUCAUUGAGUUGAAAUGUUCAGAGCGUUGCAGAUAGAAAUGUAUUAAAUAGAGCUGACACGAUUUCCUGGACCCUAUUCUACCUGACAGACAGCCAUAUCUGUUCUACACAAUUAGGGUUGCAAAAUUCCCAGGUUUUCCAGAAAUCCCAGGUGGUAAAUUCCUGGAAUCAGGAGGGAAUAAGCAGGAGAUCUGGGAUCCCUCCAACCAGGAUUUCUGGAAAACUUGGGAAUUUGGGUAAAGUUACCUAAAUUUUGCAACCCUAUACACAAUACAUUUCUAUAGGAACGUUCUGCAAUGUUGCACCCUUCUGAACAGUAUGAAUGUUGCUCCCCUUACUGCAUAGCACCAAAGGACAAGAAGCAUCUAUUCUAAACCAAACAGAAUAGAAUGAAUGGAACGGCCGGAACAUGAUGGAUGUCUUUAUAAGUUCACAGAGAGGUGAACAGAGCAAACCUUUUGUUCAGAAACCCUCUCAGUUUAAACCCUCAACAUCUCUGGGAUGUUGCAAGGACUAGAUAAAGGGAAUAUGUUUUUCACCUGAAGUUUUUUAUGUAUUUGGUCAUAUCAAAACAAGUGCAUGUUUCCAUUAGGAGAAUGCAUUUCUCACGAAAUCGUGUUGGUGUUUUGGUGCUAAUAUGGACCGAUUUGUUGCUCUGCUAAUAGCAAUACAGUUUGUAGCCAUGUAGAAACCUUAAUGGGUACCUGAUCUUUUAUGGUGAGAUUUAUUUCCCACAAUAUUUUAGAUAUAUUUUUACGAAACAUGUGAACCUGUGCUUUUGUUAUAUUAAUUAUGUCUUACAGUAACGUGUGCAUUUUCAUUUUUAUUCAUUAUUAUCAGCCAUUAUGGGUCUAACUUGUGACAAUACAACAUUUAAAAAAUAUAUGUAUUUAAAAAGAAAUCUAACUGUCUGUUGCCAAAAUUAUUUGGUGAAAAAGCCUUACUGUAUCUUAUUUCUACUCAACUACUGAGGUAUGCCUUUAUUUAAUUUGGAAAUGGAGCCAUUUACUUAAUAUUUCAUACAUGUUUCAUUUAUUGACUCUUGAAAGUCAUUUUCUUUGCAUUAAAUUCACUGUUUGUCUAUGCUUUUAAAUAAACUUCUAAAAAGG